AUGGCAAAAGUCCUAACAACAGGAGAAUAUUUAAAGGAAAUACAGGAGAAAGAACAAAAUAAGAAAAGUCAUAAAGGUGUGAAAUCUACAAAAUCAAGAAAAGCAAAGCAAAAGGCGAGUAAAACAGUAGUUGAGAGUGACGGUGAAAGCAGCAUUAACGAACAGCCAGUUUACCAAGAUGAAAGCGAUGUAGAGGGGGUAAAACCGUGCGUCACGGUGCGGCAAAGUUUCGUCUGUGCUUCACCCAAUUUUAUGCAUCAAUUGCUGUUAUUUAUAUACCAGCCGUCUAUAAACGGAAUGCAAUUGGAAUCUAGAUACCUUGAUGCAACGGAGAUAGAAUCGCUUUUAGAGCUGCAUUUUGUGUUUGUGGAAAUGUUUGGAAUACAAAAAGGCAUGAAGAGGGAAGGGAGGGAGAGAAGGGAUUUUGGAGGAGGGUCAUUUACCACUCCGGCCAAGACACCGCCACGCUCGAUUUAUGGGGCAGUUAGCAUUAGCAAUGGAGAUGAGGUAACAUCCAGCGACACCGAGUGCAGCCUGCCAGAUGCCCGAUUGCCCGCCCAUUGCGUUAGGAUGCAGACAGAUGUACGAGUUUUGAGACCUGCGAGCCGCGUAAUUUCAGUCAUUCAUGAUGCUUUCUUGUGA